UCUUUUUUCUUUUCAGCCCCACUUAGUCUAUCAGUGGCACUUCUGACAGCCUGAGGCUCACAGGAUGUCGGGGCUUUAAUUCAGGAUGAACGAAUGCUACUACGAUAAGCGCAUGGACUUCUUUUACAACAGGACAAACACUGACACAGUAGACGAGUGGACAGGACCCAAACUUAUUGUCGUUCUGUGUUUUGGGACGUUUUUCUGUCUCUUCAUUUUCAUUUCCAAUUCGUUGGUCAUAGCAGCUGUGGUCAAGAACAGGCGGUUUCAUUUUCCCUUUUACUACCUCCUGGCCAAUUUAGCUGCUGCAGACUUUUUUGCUGGAAUUGCCUAUGUCUUCUUGAUGUUCCACACCGGCCCCGUGUCCAAGACAUUAACUGUUAACCGCUGGUUUUUGCGUCAGGGUCUUCUGGACACCAGCCUGACAGCUUCCCUGGUGAAUCUUCUCGUCAUAGCUGUCGAGCGGCACAUGUCGAUAAUGCGGAUGAAGAUCCACAGUAAUCUCACCAAGAAGAGAGUCACUUUUCUAAUCAUAUCAAUUUGGGCCAUUGCUAUUUUCAUGGGUGCUGUUCCUACCCUGGGUUGGAACUGCCUCUGUGACAUUACUGCUUGCUCAUCCCUGGCGCCUAUUUACAGCAGAAGUUACCUGGUGUUCUGGAGCAUCUUAAACCUCGUUGUCUUUGUCAUUAUGGUGGUGGUUUACAUAAGGAUCUACAUGUACGUCCAGAGGAAAACUAAUGUCUUGUCAUCUCACACUAGUGGAUCCAUUAGUCGUAGAAGAACCCCUAUGAAGCUUAUGAAGACUGUCAUGACUGUCUUAGGUGCUUUUGUUGUCUGCUGGACCCCUGGCCUGGUUGUCUUAUUGCUUGAUGGUCUGAACUGCACCAGCUGUGGGAUUCAGGAUGUUAAAAGGUGGUUUCUUCUCCUGGCCCUGUUGAACUCUGUCAUGAAUCCAAUAAUUUAUUCUUACAAAGAUGAUGAAAUGUGGGGUACCAUGAAAAGGAUGAUUUGCUGCUUCUCUGAGGAUAAGAGCCAGGAGAGACGCUCCUCACGGAUCCCCUCAACAGUUCUCUGCAGGAGCACAGAUACCUCGGGGCACUACAUAGAAGAUGGCAUUAGUCAAGGGACAAUUUGUGGAAAAGGAGAUCUUUGUGACAAAGGAAACUCCUGAGCUAUUCACGGGACUGGCUUGGCUGGAAAAGGAGAGGGGGAAGGGAGAGGUUUUGUAAGAGAAGAUUGACUGGCAAAGCUAGUAAACAAUAUAUCCACUUCGUUCCAGAGCCUCAACUCCAGUGUUAACAAAAGUUCUUAUAAAUAAUUGCCUGGUGGAAAAACACUUUGUAAUGAAGAAAACUUUCUGUGCUGCUGUCUUUCUCCUGUUUUUCUUUUGAGUACAUGAAAUUGAUUUUUUUUUUUUCAUGCAAGUGAAAUGAAUGCAUCUCAGAGACUUUUUUGUGCAUGGAAACAAAACGUAGACAAUGUAGUAAGAUCCUUCUAAAGCUCCUACAGAGGGAAUAAACCUGCCUGACUGUGCAGGCUUGGCAUUUGUUGAGUAUUUAUGCUUUGAAGAGUUUCUGUACAUCUUGAGGAGGAUUGUGGGCUUGGCUGGAUGGAAUUGCAAUUUGUUUUCUCGGUUUACAGACUUUGUGAAAGAGUUCUUACUUUCUCUCUUCCCCCCCUUAUCUUGCUUCAAAAUAGGUUCGUUUGAUGGUUGGUUACAGCAAUGCCAGAA